AUGAAUAUUAUCGACCAAGCUACGCGGAUUAGCGCGCUGAUGAAGCUUUUACUAACCCUGGUUAAGCAACUCUCCCGUUUCACUGAGGACCUUUCAAUGGAUCGUAUCAAGAGCGAAAUCAGGUCUUUGCAGGGUAGACUGUCUUCGGUUCGUCCGCCACAGGAGUUUUUCAAUGUUAAGAACGUGUCAAAACCUCAGAAUUUCGGCGAUAUCCAAUCUAGAGUGUCUUACAACCUGAAAUACUUCUCGACUAACUACGCUCUAAUCAUAGGUGCGCUUGGUAUCUACACUCUGUUGACAAACUUUCUCUUACUGUUUGUGAUUGUGUUCGUGUUGAUCGGCGUUGCUGGGAUCAACAAGCUGAACGGACAGGACUUGGUAACACCGUUCGGCUCUUUCAAGACAAACCAACUUUAUACUGGUUUGCUUUUUGUCGCAGUUCCGCUGGGCUUUCUUGCGUCCCCGAUAUCGACGCUACUUUGGUUGAUCGGGGCCUCCGCAGUCACCGUGCUCGGACACGCUUCCUUCAUGGAAAAGCCUAUCGAGACGGUCUUCGAAGAAGAAACCGUCUGA